UCUUCUCAUCCCAAAUCUCACUUUCUUCUUAACAUAAAACUCUCUCUCUCUCUCUCUCUCAUCCACUUUAUAUUCCAAAUCAACCAUAACUUUCUCCCUCUUUCUCAGUAAACAAACAUCACUCUCUAUCCGUAACGUCUGCAAGGUUUGUGAUGCGGGUUUUGUGGUGGGUCUGAUUGAUCUGAGAUAUGGAGACAAAAGAAGGGAUGUUAAAGAUGGAGAACAGCUUCGGGUGUUCAUCCUUUGCUGAUUACAUAUCGGGCGGUAAUUAUCCACUGCAAGGUGUGUUUGAUUUCAUCGAAGGAGAUAAAAGUUCUUUAGGGUUUAUGGAUCUCUUGGGCGUUCAAGAUCACUUUAACUCUUCCCUAUUCGAUAUGGGACAGCCGCCAGCUACUGUAGUACCCAGUUCCGAGAUGAAUCAAGUAGCAGCUGCAGCGAUGAGUAGAAAGAUGGAGCCGACUGAGGCGUCGAAUCCGCCUGCAACGCCUAACUCUUCCUCGAUUUCUUCGGCUUCGAGCGAGGCUGUGAAUGAUGAGAAAAAAGUGGAAGAAGACCAAGAAGAAGACCAGAAGAAGACUACGAAACAAUUGAAAGCAAAGAAGACAAACCAGAAGAGACAGAGAGAACCGAGAUUCGCGUUCAUGACAAAAAGCGAGGUUGAUCAUCUUGAAGAUGGGUACAGAUGGAGAAAGUACGGCCAAAAAGCUGUGAAGAACAGCCCAUUUCCUAGGAGUUACUAUCGUUGCACCAGUGCCUCGUGUAAUGUGAAGAAACGAGUAGAGAGAUCUUGCAGCGAUCCAACCAUUGUAGUGACGACUUACGAAGGUCAACACACUCAUCCAAGUCCCGUCAUGCCUCGUCCCACCUUCGCCGGACUCGGUGCUCCACCUCCACCUGCAAAUUCCCUAGGCGUCUCCGCAGCCGCUGGCUUUGGUUUGCCAAUUGAAACUACACUUAAUUCCCACUAUCAACAAUACCAUCUCCCACCCUUUGUCAAUACCACCUUGUCACCAUCGAGGUUCGGGUCAUUUUCUACGAGUGGCGGGUGUGUGGUUAAUGAUCAUCAACGACGCCGUAUUUGUACCGCUGGUUCUGCAAAAGACCAUGGACUUUUGCAGGAUAUUGUGCCAUCACAUAUGUUCAAGGAAGAAUAGUAGUAGUAGUAUAGGUCAGUAUAAAGAUAGAAGAAAAUCUCCCCAUUGUUUCUCUGUACUUUUUUUUUUUUUUUU